GCGACAGGCACCAGCCUAGACUGUGGCGGAGGUCCAGACACAAUAGACUGGGGUCCGGCUCUUCUCCAAUCCAAACCGGUAUGUCGGAUGAGGAUUCCCGUGCCAGUACCAGCUCUUCCUCAUCACCACCUUCCUCCAGCCAAACCAGACAGAGGGACACGCCUUGCAAGAAGAAACGGGAGAGCAAAGCCAGCAUGAGCAAGACCUCCAAGCUGCUUUCCACCAGCGCCAAAAGGAUUCAGAAAGAGCUGGCCGACAUUACUCUGGACCCUCCGCCAAACUGCAGUGCUGGCCCCAAAGGAGACAACAUCUAUGAGUGGAGGUCGACCAUCCUGGGACCACCAGGCUCCGUGUACGAGGGAGGCGUCUUCUUCCUGGACAUCGCCUUCACACCCGACUACCCCUUCAAACCCCCCAAGGUAACAUUUCGUACGAGGAUCUAUCACUGCAACAUCAACAGUCAGGGCGUGAUCUGUCUGGACAUCCUGAAGGACAACUGGAGUCCCGCCCUCACCAUCUCCAAGGUGCUGCUGUCCAUCUGCUCCCUGCUCACAGACUGUAACCCAGCCGAUCCCCUGGUGGGAAGCAUCGCCACCCAGUACACGACUAACAGAGCAGAGCAUGACCGAACGGCCAAACAGUGGACGAAGCGAUACGCCACAUAAACCCACAGAGGGAGGAGGAGGAAGAGGAGGAGGAGGGGUCAGGGGCUCUGGGUGGUUUGUGUUGGGGGGGUUAUUUCUAUCUCAGAUUUUUAGUACUUUAUUGUCUGGUAUAUUUUUUUGU